CUCUCUCUCUCUCUCUCUCUCUCUCUCUCUCUCCAUCCAUGGCGCCACCCCACGCAGUAAAGCUGCUCGAGCUUUGUCAGGUCUCUGCUGGGCUCGAUUCUGUAGCCUCAGCUUCUCUCCCUCUCACCUUCUUCGACACCCUCUUCUUAAAACUGCCUCACAUCCAACGCCUAAUCUUCUACGAACUACAGCAACCCAACAACACCGCCAUCCAUUUCCUAAACACUCUUCUUCCAAAGCUCAAACACUCCCUUGCUCUCACCCUCCAUCUCUUCUAUCCUCUCGCCGGCAAGCUGACCUACACUUCUGACCUACACUUCCUUGCUCUCACCCUCCAUCUCUUCUAUCCUCUCGCCGGCAAGCUGACCUACACGUCAGAAACCGGGGAGCCGGAGAUCCGCUACAUUGACGGCGAUUCGAUCUCAUUAACUGUUGCAGAAUCCGAUGUGGACUUCCACCGGCUCGUGGAAAACUACCCAAAAGACGUAACGGAAUUCCAUCCUCUCAUCCCUCAGUUAGACCUACCUUCCUUACUAUCCCUGCAAGUCACCCUCUUCCCGAAUUCCAGCAUCUCCAUUGGAUAUAGCGUGGACCACGUCGCAGCUGAUGGCUCCACCUUAGCCCACUUCAUUAAAUCCUGGGCGUCCAUCUGUAGAUCCGGAGACAUCUCCUCCAUCACGUCGUUCCCGUUUUACGACAGGACCGUGGUUGGAAACCUCGACUCUUCCAAGCGAAGCUUCUUCCUCAAGCAGGACAAAGUCGCCCAAAGCAAAGAUGCGUCUGAUAUUACGACGCCAGCCACCAUGGUUCGAGCCACGUUCGUGCUGAGUCGGGCCCACAUCGAGUGGCUCAGGCAACGAGUCGUUGCCCUACGUUCAAAGGCGAGCCAGGAACCGUUUCAUUUCUCGACGUUCGUGCUGACGUGCGCACACGUGUGGGCUUGCUUGGUCAAGGUACGAGUGCGCGAGGGUAAAACCGUCCAAUUCGUCUUCCCUGUCGACUGCCGGGCUCGGCUGGUCCAACCGAUACCCGCUACGUAUUUCGGGAACUGUCUCGGCACGGGUUUCGCUGAGGCGGAAAGGAGCGAGUUAGCGAAAGAAGAUGGGGUGGGUCCCACGUCGGAAGCGAUUGGGAGAGCGAUUCGAGAGUUUGAAGCAAGCGGUGUCUUGAAAGAUGCGGCGGAGGGCUGGGCUGGGCUUUACAGAGCUUUGACUCGGUUGGGUGACGGAGUCGUUCUUGUUGGCGGGUCUCCAAAAUUUCGGGUCUACGAAACGGAUUUCGGAUGGGGAAAGCCAAGGAAGACAGAGAUGGUAUCGAUUAAGAGAGCGGGAAGCUUUUAUAUCGGAGAUAGCAGGGACGAAGAAGGUGGGGUCGAGGUCGGUUUGGCGCUGCCCGAGGACGAAAUGCGUAUCUUUGCUACUCUGUUUGAGCAGGGUGUGGAAGCCCCCUCUCGUUACGUUUGGCCCACUUUUUCGUUGGUGAUCUGAUAGUGGUAAAAUAAUGAGAGGCCCGCUUUCAUCUUUUCAGCUUAAUCAGGACAGGACGUUCAUCGCCUAACACCUCACACUUGGGAGGUCGAGAGGUAGAUCUUAUCCACCCAUCUUGUUGUUCUCAAACGGAUGAUCCUAGCCAUCAGUUUCUACUUUUGGAUUGCUUU